UUCAGUUUCGACAACGAACAAGAAAUCUAUCAAACAUGUCUGGACGUGGCAAGGGAGGAAAGGGACUCGGAAAGGGAGGCGCCAAGCGUCAUCGCAAGGUUUUGCGUGACAACAUCCAGGGUAUUACCAAGCCCGCUAUCCGCCGUCUGGCCCGCCGUGGUGGUGUCAAGCGUAUCUCCGGUCUGAUCUACGAAGAGACCCGUGGUGUCCUCAAGGUUUUCCUCGAGAACGUCAUCCGUGAUGCCGUCACCUACUGCGAGCACGCCAAGAGAAAGACCGUCACCGCCAUGGAUGUGGUCUACGCUCUGAAACGCCAGGGCCGUACCCUGUACGGAUUCGGCGCAUCAACAAUGGCUCGUACCAAGCAAACCGCCCGUAAGUCUACCGGAGGAAAGGCUCCCCGCAAGCAGCUGGCCACCAAGGCAGCCCGCAAGAGCGCCCCAGCCACUGGCGGAGUCAAGAAGCCUCAUCGUUACAGGCCCGGUACCGUGGCUCUCCGUGAGAUCCGUCGCUACCAGAAGAGCACCGAGCUUCUGAUCCGCAAGCUGCCCUUCCAGCGUCUGGUCCGUGAGAUCGCUCAGGACUUCAAGACCGAGCUGCGUUUCCAGAGCUCUGCCGUCAUGGCCCUGCAAGAGGCCAGCGAAGCUUACCUGGUCGGCCUCUUCGAGGACACCAACCUGUGCGCCAUCCACGCCAAGCGUGUGACCAUCAUGCCCAAGGACAUCCAGCUGGCCCGCCGCAUCCGUGGUGAACGUGCUUAAGAAGUGACUUCACCUCCCAAAAUAAAACCAAUCGGCUCUUUUCAGA